GACUAUAUUAUUCCCUAUGCGUUGCCCUUAGUUAUGGCUGGCGUUUCAGUUCUUGAGUGAGUGAGGCAUGCCGGGAAGGGAGUGACGUCACCAGAUCUGAGAGUGAGUAGCGUGGUGUACACCGGGUGGUGCCGCCGUCAUGUAUAAGAUCGAGCCGUAUAACAGCGGAGACAUCAAGGUGGAUCUGCCCAGCUGCAUGUACAGCCUGCCCAACCUGCACCAGCCCCCCUGCGGGCACCACGAGCAGGAUGGAGCCGACCCUGCACUUCAGGCCCUAGAGUCCAGACAAGAAGACAUCCUAAAGCGACUGUAUGAGCUGAAAGCUGCUGUGGACGGCCUUUCUAAAAUGAUCCAGACCCCAGAUGCAGAUCUUGAUGUGACGGAAAUCAUUCAGGCAGAUGAGAGCGCAACCUCAGCCCCCCGCAGAGCUGACCUGGACUGUAUACUAGGAAAGGACUAUGGUGCGCUGAGAGAUAUUGUCGUCAAUGCAAAUCCCUCUUUGCCUCCACUUUCCCUGCUGAUCCUGCACGGUCUAUUGUGUGAGAGAUACCAGGUGCUGUCUGCGGUUCACACUCACUCGUCCGUCACAAACAUCCCGGAGCCGCUGCUGAAGUGCUUUGGAGACCAGGUCAAUAAGAAGUCCCGGCAGGACUAUCAGCUUGGCUUCACCCUCAUAUGGAAAGAUGUGCCCAAACCACAGAUGAAAUUUAGCAUUCAAAAUAUGUGUCCAAUUGAAGGAGAAGGCAAUAUCGCCAGGUUCCUGUUCUCACUGCUGGGCGACACGUUUAAUGCAGUUACCGCUACUCUUAUUGACAGCUGGGUGGAUAGUGCCAUUUUUCAGAUGAGAGAAGGGAGCAGCAAGGAAAAAGCUGCGGUUUUGAGGGCAAUGAACUCUACCUUGGGCAAGACUCCCUGGCUGGUAGGGAAUGAACUGACAGUCGCAGAUAUUGUGAGCUGGUGCGCCAUUCAGCAAUCUGGAAAUACCACCUCUGUCCCGGCAAAUGUGCUGAAGUGGAUGAAGUCUUGUGAGAACCUCCCCUCCUUCAAUACUGUGCUUAAAUUAUUAUAGUUGAAUGAGUUCUGUUAAGGUUUAGUAUCUGCGGUGCAGAUCCCUAAUGGCAUAACCAAGGAGGUGUACGGUACUGGCUUUUUUUUUUUAAUCUUCAGCAUGUAUACAACUUUCUGGUUCCCUGUAAGCCAGCAUUAAAUUGGUUAAUUGUAUUGAUACACAGUAACUAUAAUAAACAUUUUAACAAUGG